AUGGCACCUGCUCCAGCCGUUCAUGAUGUGAAAGACCGCAUCCAGGCUGCCAAAGCAAGGAUUGAGGCUUUGCAAGCUUCGAUCGCCGCCCGGCGGGCCUCGAGGCCUGCAGCGGGCGAGUCUUCCCAGCCAGCGCCUGAAGGUGCCCCAGCGGUUGCCAGAACGAUUUCGUGCGAGGCUGUGACUGGGGCCUUGGCUGUGCCUUUGGGACGGGCCCCAGACGAUCGUGUUGUUCCGCGGUCCACGGAAUCUCUGGGGAGUGGUGCGUCAUACGACAGUACAAUCGAGGAUGCACAGUGCCCGUACCCACGAUCCAAGGAUGAGCCCAAGCCUGCCCACAUGUCGCAACAUGUCCCAAGCGCAGGCCCGAACCAGCGUGAGCCACCAACGGAUGUCGCAGGCCCUAGCCUGACCUCGCACCUGAGAAAUGUCGCAACCCCCCAGAAGAGGCCUGGUUUGCCACCGACCACAGGCCACACCCUGCCAGCGGAGCCCCAGAAGAUGCCUGGUUUGCCGCCGACCACAGGCCGCCCCGUGCCAGAGGAUGUUACCACACCCCAAAAGGCCAAGACCCAUGAAGCACAGUCUCCACCACCAAGCGCUACCCCACCGUCGACGACUUCCCCGCCAAACAAGUCCACGAAGAAGCGAGCCAAGUUGCGGAGGUACUUCGAACCGAAGCAAUGUGGAAGCCUGAAGUGCUCACCCCAAGCCCUCGCCCUGUACAAGUCCGAGGAAGGUAAAAAGCUUCGUGACCUCCUGAAGAAGCACGGUGACUUCAAGUCGCUCGAGAUCCAUGUCAAGAAGAUUCACACGGCUUCCUAUGGCAAGUCCAAGAUGGGACAGUGGGUAACCAAGCAGUACCUCGCGACGGUGCUUCAUUGGAAAAUGAUUGCGGCCGCCUGGUCGUGGGCAGCCAAGACAGGCAACCUGCGCAAGAACCCCGUCCACGGGGAGGAGGAGGCCCGAUUGGUUCUUGCCGAUAAGUUCGAGGCCCAGGACAACACAAGCCAGGAGAUCGAGCUUUCGGGGCAGAUGGAUGCCGAGGACGACACCGGCUUCUUGCUGGAGGGCGACGUUCCCAACAUCGAUGCCGAGGAUGCUGCAUUGAUGCUUCGGGUGGAGAUCCAGAAGGUCCUCGAUGGGCUCAACAUCCUCUUCUCUGAUUUGACGAAGAAGCAGUCCGACGCCAUCACCAGAAAGCCCGACGAGACCUUCCAGAACAGCCUCCUCAAAAUCUUCGCCGAAGUCACGAAGCAGGACUUGAUCAUGAACAACUUCGUCGUCCGAGCGAAGACAAUGAAGCCCGCCCAGUCCAACAAGCCGACCAAGCCUGCUGUGAAGACGGCAGCCAAGCCGCCGAAGCCUGCCAAGAAGCCGGCAAAGGUUAAGAAGGUCUACUUGAACAAGCAGGGGAUCCAAGGGGAGCUGGUGGAAGAGAAGGCAGAGAGCGCAGAGCGUGUUGUUCGGCUUGCUCAAGUGGCAGCACGCAAGAUGAAGAAGCAUGGUGUCGUGGAUCCGAUUCUGAAAGCUCUGGCAGCGUGUGGUGCCGGCAAGACUGUUGGGACCAAUGCUUCUCGUAACUUACAUCGGCUCAUUCAGAAGCAAGGGCGUACUCUGCCUGUGCAAAUUGAGUCGGUCAGCACACCUAUUCGAGUCGUUGCAAAGGGCAGACUGCGCAGGGUCGAUUGUUGCUAUCCUGUCAUUAUGCCUUCUGCGUGGCUGGAGUAUUCCCUGAGUGUGGGUGGGGAGGCCUUCCUAGGGGGCCAGUGUCUCGACGCAGAGCAGUCCUACAGGUCUAUGUUUCUCGACUUCUGGACAAAGUACAGGACCACCCACCCCACGUUCGACUUGUAUCAAAGGCCAGAGUACAGCGAUGAGUUUGCCAGCACGUGUAUCCCCGUAUCAGUGCAUGGAGAUGAAGGUAGGGCUAAGGCCAAACGGGCGAUUAUGAUCCUAUCGCUGCAGCCGGUCAUUGGACCCAAGGGCAUCCAGUACAUCAACACCAGUGGGCUCCAGGAAUACCCUACAGGAUGUGGGAAAGGACAUGAUUGUGGUCUGAUGAACGCUUGGCUGGAAGAGGUUGUGUCCCGUGUCGUGGAAGACACCAUUGUAACUUGCAGCAUUUUAGUUUUUAAAGCUGCCUGA